CCAAUCACAAAACACAAACAAUUCUUCUUAGCCAAUAAUAAUCUAAAUUCAGAUUUGCCUAUAUCUCAAACUCCUCCCUUAUACUCACCGCAAUUGCACCAAUUUUUUAUCAUUCUCAUAUCCAUUUCUUCUAUUUCUUUAAACGUCUUUCAGUUACCAAAACACAAAAGAGUAAGAAGAGAUGGCUUGUAACACAUUGAUGAGUUGUGGAAUUGCAGCUGUUUGUCCCUCUUUCCUCUCUUCUUCUAAGUCUAAAUUCGCCGCCGCGAUGCCGGUUUCAGCCGGAGCUAACAACGCCAUGUCUAGGUUUACUAUGUCCGCUGAUUGGAUGCCCGGGCAGCCCCGUCCAUCUUACCUAGAUGGCUCAGCCCCCGGAGAUUUUGGAUUUGAUCCACUUGGUUUUGGAGAAGUGCCAGAAAAUUUGGAAAGAUACAAAGAAUCUGAACUUAUUCAUUGCAGAUGGGCUAUGCUUGCUGUUCCGGGAAUCCUAGUACCAGAGGCAUUGGGCCUAGGGAAUUGGGUCAAGGCCCAAGAAUGGGCUGCCAUUCCAGGAGGACAGGCCACAUAUUUGGGCCAGCCAGUUCCAUGGGGAACACUUCCAACAAUUUUGGUUAUUGAAUUUCUAGCCAUAGCCUUUGUUGAACAUCAAAGGAGCAUGGAAAAGGACACUGAGAAAAAGAAGUACCCUGGUGGAGCUUUUGACCCAUUGGGUUACUCUAAAGACCCAAAGAAAUUUGAAGAAUACAAAGUCAAAGAAAUCAAAAAUGGUCGUCUUGCAUUGUUGGCAUUUGUGGGAUUUUGUGUACAACAAUCAGCAUAUCCAGGAACAGGACCAUUGGAGAACUUGGCAACUCACUUGGCUGAUCCAUGGCACAACAACAUUGGGGAUGUUAUUAUCCCUAAAGGAAUUUUCCCUAAUUAAUUCAAUUGUACUAAUUAAUCAUAUAUAUUAGCCAAAACAACUUGUAAAACUCUCCCAUAUUAAUUGUACUUAUCAUACAUUUGUAAUGAAAUGGACAUUUUGGGUAUCCUUUUAGGAGGCGUUUGGUGUGAGGUGUAAUAAUUCUGGGAUACAGUUUAGGAUUAUUGUAUCCAGCGUUUGGUUGGAGGCAAAGGCGGAUCCAGGAUCCGGACUCUCAGGGUGCCAAGUAAUAUUGUCAAUACAUUUACGACACUUGUUGAUUGUUUUAAUCAACAAUGCUUAACAAAAAAAAAAAUUAAAAAAUGAUGUGCCGCAACCCACAACCUAUGACCUACAAAAGUAGCACUUUACCACUUGCACUAGAUAGUUCUUUGGCAUUAUGAGUGAUAGAUUUAAUAUUUUACUACUAAUAGAUUUCUAAUGAAAUGGACUCUUUGUGUA